AAAAUUCAAAUCAAAACACAUAUUUAAACGCCCCAGUCAGCGACGGAUGCAUGUAAGUAAUGGCAAGCAACGGCGAAGUGAUUGGCAAAGAAGAGGUUAUCGCAAAACUCAAAGACGACGGCGAUUUCGACAAACUUCGAUUGAAGAUCAUCCGCAAGCUCAAGGACAACGAAGAAUUGCGACAACAUAUAACCUCAAUUGUGAAGCAGUCGGUAGCACUCAAUCGCGAUGGAGCAGAAAAUAUGAAACCUAGGCAACUUUCUGAUUCCAUAUAUGAAGAAGUUGGCGAGAAGGUAAUGAGCCAGAUAUCUGAUAGUUUAUGGCAAAUAAUCAGAUCGAAUGAUGGUAUGAAAGGUGAAAUCGCGGAAACAGUGCAAUCGGUCUAUGACAAACUGGCUAACCCCAAAGGGAAAGAUGAGGUCCUGUUAUCCACAUCUGAUGGGGUGCCAGUUCAGAGACAAGGCGAAUCGGCUUCAGCUACUGAGGUUGAUGAUACGUUGCAUGAAAAUGAACCUGAAGAGCCACCUGGUUUCACUCUCUUACACAGUCAUCUGAAUAAUAACAAUCAUGAGAAACAGGAUAAAGGUCAUGAGGAACAGGAUAAAGGGAAGGCGCAGGUUCAGAGGCAAGGAUCUCCUGCAGAGCAGAAGGAAGAUUCCCAGCCAUCACAGGAUACACAUGGAGGGGAUGAUAAUAGUAAUGCGCCUCCUGGAUUUUCAAGAGAUAUGGAGCACAAUCAACCAUCUGAUUGUAGCGAUGAAGAUCCGGAUCUACCGCCUGGUUUUGGUUGAUAAAUUGGAUACUGUUUCAAUUUUGCUUCUGCUCUGGGGGUCUCUUUAAAUCCCAAUCUAACUUCGGAUUAUUUUUUCUGAUUGCCAUGAGGUCAACAAUUACCACUUUACCAGUAAUUUUUGUAGGAGCUCGUUCCAAAUUUCUGAAAAGGAUGCUGGAUCGUCAUAACGAAUUAUGUUUUAAACUACUGACCAAUGCCCUCUUCAAUCAAGAAUUUCUGGUUUUCUAUAUAUUUAUUGUCAUUUUUUUGUUUUGGCACGGAGAGGUUGAAAUGAAAUCGGUAAAGUUACUGGAGUGUUUGUCGGAGUCCAUUAAGACAUGAAUAAUGUGAUUGUGUAAGAAGUUUCUAUUUGUCUUCCACCGUU